CAUUCAAGCCGGCAAAUGGGGAGUCUGAGCUGUUUUGCAGCACUCCUUGCAUCGGGGUCGCAGACGCUCUUUGAAACCGUGAGACAGCAUCCUGCUUCCUGGGGACGUAAAUAUCUUCAGGAUCCUCUGAAUGCAGGAGGUGAGAAAUCCCCCUUCACAGUGAGCUCGGCCCAGCUCUUCUCUCCCUCUCGUCCCCCAGGCAGGAGGGACUGCAUCCUGGAGCCGCUGUCCCUGCCCGAGGGCCCGGGUGGCCGCGGCAGCCCCGAGGGCUCGCCAUCCGUGCCUUGUGUCCUCUGUGAGGAGCAUUUCCCUGCAGCCCAGCAGGACCAGCUUCUGAAGCACAUGGUCAUCGAGCACAAGAUCGUCAUCGCCGAUGUCAAGCUGGUGGCCGACUUCCAGAAGUACGUCCUGUACUGGAGGAAGAGGUUCGCGGAGCAGCCGGUCACGGACUUCUGCAGUGUCAUACGGAUCAACUCCACCGCGCCUCCGGAAGAACAGGACAAUUACUUUCUGCUGUGCGACGUUUUGCCCGAAGACCGAGUGCUCAGGGAGGAGCUCCAGAAGCAGAAACUGCGGGGCCUUCUGGAGCAGCAGCAGCGGGAGCGAGAUGACACCAGCUUCCGGGGCGUGUGCAUGUUCUGCAGCGAGGAGUUCCUCGGAAACAGAUCCGUCCUGUUGAACCACAUGGCCAGAGAGCACGCCUUCAACAUCGGGCUUCCGGACAACAUUGUAAACUGCAGCGAAUUUCUCUGCGUGUUACAGAGAAAGCUGGACAACCUGCAGUGCCUCUACUGCGAGAAGACCUUCCGGGACAGGAACACGCUUAAAGACCACAUGAGGAAAAAGCAGCACCGCAGGAUCAACGCCCGGAACAGGGAGUACGACCAGUUCUACGUCAUCAAUUACCUGGAACUUGGAAAAUCGUGGGAGGAGGUUCAGUUGGAAGAUGACCGGGAGCUGCUGGGCCAUCAGGAGGAGGACUGGUCGGACUGGGAGGAGCACCCCGUCCCCGCCGUCUGUCUGUUCUGUGACAAGCAGGCGGAAGCCAUGGAGAAGCUGUGCGUGCACAUGGAGGAGGCGCAUGGAUUCGAUCUCCUCAAAGUCAAGUCAGAGCUCGGAUUGAAUUUCUACCAGCAAGUGAAGCUGAUCAACUUCAUCCGGCGGCAGGUUCACCAGGGCAGGUGCUAUGGCUGCCGGGCCAGGUUCGCGUCCAGGGCCGAGCUGAGGACCCACCUGGCAGAGGCCAAGCACGCGGCCCUGCUCCCCGACAGGCAGACGUGGGACCAGCCCGAGUACUAUUUUCCAACCUAUGAAAAUGACAGUCUGCUGUGCACACUGUCUGACAGCGACAGUGACCUGGCAGAGCAGGAACAGAGCGGGAGCGUCACCGUCAUCGGCGAGGACACGUCCCGGCUCCAGGCUCUGAAGCAGAGCAGCGUCCUGAACCAGCUGCUGCAGGCAGGCGUGAGGCGCUAGGGGCCGCUCGGAGCAGUCCCCCUGCCCCGCCGUCGCGAGCCAGGCGCGACGGAGGCCUGCACACCGGAGCCCCAGCCAAGGACCGUCCUUGCUGAAAGAAACUUUUAAAAAACUACAUGCUUUUUCAAAAAAUAAAAUGAGGACUUUUUAAACUUUGGCUCUAACGUUUUAUCAUGUAAUCAUCGUUGCAUAUCUCGUUUCACCUGACUCAUUGUGAUAGGACACGCAGAUCACAAAGAGAUGAAAUGUUCAAAUUAUUUAUAAACCAGGUUUCAGCCGGAGUUGUCAGCCCUUCCCCCAGGCCCUCUGUCCGGGAAGCCACAGAUUUGCCCGCCGCGAGCUCCGCGCGCUGCUCUGGGUAAGCCGCGGCCUGGUGGCCCAUCGGGGAGCCACGGAGGAGAGGAGAUGGGCAAAGACCCAGAUAUCGCGCAGGUCGGGCACUGUUUCAGGAUGAUCGAGACUGAGGACGUAUCGUUACCGCCUUCUGCCUGGACUUGCAAGCUCCCUAGAAGUGGAUGAGAGGCCAAAUGGCUUCACUUUCCACUGCUGUGUAGGUAACGGAUAAGUGCCAUUUCCAGGAAGGCAACUAUGUUCCGUUAGGACAUCUAACAAAAUUAACAAUAACUUCUUAAUAUAAAGAAAUGCCUUUUUACAGUAUUACCGGUUAUAAGACAAAUGCUUUAAGCCGCCUGCUAAGAUGCAGUGAGGAGGGGAAACAUCCCUUUUAAGGAUUCCUCCCCAAAACGUGUAAUGCGAAUAUGACGGAGACGCAGGCAUCCAGGCCAGGUCGAGGGAAGGUCUGUGGGACACUUGGCCUUCAUCCCUCCCCAGCCGGGACAGGAGAAAGCAGAGGCGAUGCUCUUCAGACUGAAGACACAGCGCAACCUGCAACCCGGGAUUGGAUCCUGGACCAAGAAAAAGGGUUUUUCUUUUGCUAUAAAAGGUGUUAGAGGGACAACUGGCAAAACUUAAGUACAGUCUGUAGUAAAUGUUAUGAUACUGGUGCUAAUUUCCAAAUGUUGGUAAUUUAUAUGCAGGAUUAAUACUCAACCCACUUCCUCCCAAGGCCCUCAGAUUGCAGCCAUUGUCUGCUUAGUCUGCAGAGGGCCACCCCACGUCCCCGCGGUUUAAUGGAACGAUUUCUGCACGCUGCGGGGGAUGGAGAGCUGCGGGAGUAAACCGGAGCCGCAGGUGAACUCUCGGGCCUUACGAUUGAUACUUUCGGAAGCUCAAUCCCUGCUGAUAACAAUUUGCAAGACUGAAUGGCGUUGCAAGAAUGUUAAUCGAAACUGAAAACACUCAAAUAACUUAGCACAGUAUUAACUCAGUGUUCUAAGGUUCAAGGGAUGCUGUGUCCCUGUGUUCAAGGGAUGCUGUUUCUCUCUUGGUCCAAGAUGGACAAUUCCUGUCCAUUUCUCCCUUGGCCCCAGAAGGCCCCACUCGAAUGCCGUCUUCAUUGCCCUCGCAUCUGGAAUGUCCUCUCAGGCUCCCAAAUGGUGAACGGUGCCUUUGGAACACUCUCAACAAUCAGAUGCCUGCUGACUUGCAUGUCGGUGGAGCUGUUGCUAACGACAGCCCGUCUCUGUGUGCCCGCAGGAGGGGCGAGCUUAUCUUCAGGGGCUGGGCCCUGGGAGUCAAAGCAGCCGAGGGGGGUGUUCAAUCCUGUGCUUUCAAGCACAGCGCACGGAGCGCCCUGGGGAGCCACUCGGGCUUUCAAGCCUCGGCUAUUUAUCUGCACGAAGUUGGUGUGGGAUUUGGAGGAAUGUAAAAGGCCCAGCCCAGGGGCGAGCAUGUAAUGAGGCCGAAGCCACUUGUUAUGUUUGUUGUUUUAAUGCUCUUUGGUAUUGGGACGAGCCUACGGGCUGCAUGCAGGGAAAGGAAUGGGCCUUGGGAAGGAUCUAGGGAGGGUGUAACCCUGUUAUUACGUAAUUGUGGCCCAAAAUCUCCAUUAGAGGGUUAUUCUGUGAAUUAAUCACUUUUUAAAAGCACAAAUAAUUUGUAAAUUAAAGUUUAUCAUAGGUAUGUGUGUAUAGGAAAACACAGUAUAUGCAGGGCUUGGUACUAUACGUGGUUUCAGGGGGACUUGGAACAACGUGCCCCCCCGAGCCCCGUGGAUGAGGGAGCGGCUCAGGUUCUGUGUUAGUGUCAGUGUCUGCUGAGCCCAGGUGUACAUUUCAUGUGCUGUUCAUCCGAGGGUGUGUUUGGAGCAGUUCGUGUGAACAGACUUUAAAAGGCUUUUUAUUCGGAAAAAUUUCAAAUGUAUUCAUAGAUUAGUAUGAUGAGCUCCCACGUCUAUGAAUAUUCUUAUAUGGAGGAAAUCAAGUUAAAAAGAACAUCAAGGGCAGCUCUGAAGUGGCAGAGAAUUUGAGAAAGAACAGACAAAGGACGGUGGGAUGAAAGGGAGGGAUGCCUCAGACAAAGGCUCUCUAUAAGACGUUUGGCACGGUGACAGCUCAGCUUGUCCUGGGGACAUUCCGAUGCCUCCCACAGGACACAGGAAUAAAUCCAUCAGAACAAAA